AGUGCAGGAAAGAAACAGAAAGCUUGCAAAGCAGGACUGGUUAAAGGGAAAGAAGACCAGAGAGGACAGUAGGAUGGAGCCUCAGAUAUCCUACUGGGCCUGAAAAGAGCACAGCACCACUGGCCGGACCAGGUGCUAUCUGGACUGAACUGUGUCAUCAGGGCAGGCACUUCAGGUUCAGGUUAGGAUAAACAAGGAGUCUCAGUUCAGGUGAAGCCUACACUGCUGAACGGAAUCACGCUGGACUAGGAGACGACAGCAGAGGAUUAUGGGUUGUUCGGCCAGUGUUGUCCUGCUUCUACGUUCAGUGGGCGGUGUAGACUGCGGUCACAUGUGUUCGCGACAGGACCAGAUGUCAUUGGAAGCUGCCACUCCAACCCUAGAGGGUUACACCACUACCACAUCCCCUCUGACCAUCAUAGUAAUGCAGGAGAAGCCAAAGCUGAUCGAUCCUCUCGACUAUGAGGCUGUCCUUUCUGAACUGGGGGAUGAGUUGAAGGAAGACCCUCUCAGAGACCUGCUCCUAUUCCCCGACAAUGAUUUCUCAGUAUCCACUGUGCCUCAGGAGAGACGCACUCUCAAAUCGACUGUUCCUGAGGGGGCAGAACUACAGGCUGAAUGUCUGCUGGUCAGACAGGCCUGUCAGUAUUACAACUCCGACCUAAAUGUGGUCCAGUUCAAGUAUGAUGAGUACGCUGGAGACUACCGCCUGCUGCCCAGGAAACUGUACAAAGCUGAGAAGCUGCCGUCACAUUCUUUUGAGAUCGACCAUGAAGACAUUGACAAGGAUGAGGAUACAACAUCCCUGUCCUCGUCCAAAGGAGGGGGAGGUGGUGGAGGUGGGAUCGGUGUGUUUCGGUCAGGAUGGCUCUACAAAGGGAACUUUAAUAGCACCGUCAACAAUAGCAUUACUGUUCGGUCGUUCAAGAGGAGAUAUUUUCAGCUCACCCAGUUGACGGAUAACUCGUACAUCAUGAACUUUUACAAAGAUGAAAAGAUCUCCAAGGAGCCCAAAGGGUGCAUCUUCCUUGACUCCUGCACUGGUGUGGUACAGAAUAACCGUCUAAGGAAACAUGCCUUUGAGCUGAAAAUGAACGAGGUUACGUACUUCGUGCUGGCCGCGGAGAGCGAGCAGGACAUGGAGGAAUGGAUCAGCACUUUGACCCGCAUCCUACAGAUCAGUCCCCACGAUGGUCCCGCUCCUGACCGCAAGAGUCUUGACCUCACCGACCAUCGGCAGGAUGUGUUUGACCUGUCGUUGAGUGACUGCUGCUUACAGGAGAAUGAAGAUACUACAACAGAGAACGGCAUCAAUCCAGAGCUAGCAAAGUAUAUCUCUGAGACAGAUGAAGGAAUUCGUUCUGCCAGGAGAGAAGAGAGAUUGAAUCUGUUCUCCCUGGAUCCUGAUACUCCUGUCCUGAGGAGCCCGCGGACCGAACAUUCGUCAGUUGAAAACUCAACCGUGCGUCCGUUUGAGGAGAAACUGGGCAGGAGGUUUAUGAUAACCUGCCGAUCUCUCAACCUCAUGCUACAGGGCUGCAUCAACGAGACUGAAACUGGACCGGUCACUAAUAUUGAACCCCUCUUUGUGUCACUGGCUCUGCUGGAUAUACGAGAAGGAAGGAAGGUGUCUGCAGAUUUCCACGUAGACCUCAACCACGAGGCGGUGCGUCAGAUGUUAGGAGGCUGCUGUAACGAGACAGUUGAACCGGCGACGGGGGUCGGAGUUCAGGAGAAUGGCCUGAGCUCUCCUGCUGAGAAGAAGCCAGGUGACUGUAGCCUUAGCCCGGAGCUGGAGCAGUGGCUAAGCUUUCCCAAACAGGCCAUUUUCUCAGUCACCAACCCCCACACCGACAUCGUGAUGGUGGCAAGAGUGGAAAAGGUGCUGAUGGGAAAUAUUGCUUGUGGGACGGAACCUUACAUCAAGAAUACGGACUCCAGCAAGACUGUGCAGAAGAUUUUGAAAUCCAACAAACAGUUCUGUAGCAAACUGGGAAAGUACCGCAUGCCAUUUGCCUGGUCCGUCAGGUCAGUGUUUAAGGAUAACCACGGGGCCCUAGACAGAGACUCUCGUUUCUCGCCUCUCUUCAAACAGGAGAGCAACAAGAUCACCACAGAUGACUUGAUUAAGAUGGUGUCUGAGUACAGGAGGGCUGAGAAGACCAGUAAACUGCAGACUAUUCCUGGCACGCUGGAAAUCUCCGUUGACUAUGUUCCAUUGGAGCAUCCCAACUGUGUGACAUCCUCCUGUGUACCGGUGAAGCCCUUUGAGGACCUGAGCAAACACCUGCCUACUGUGGAGGUGGAGGAGUUUGUCCAGGACACCACCAAGUUCACACAGCCACACCGCGUCUACAGGAAUCACAUCUACGUCUACCCCAAACACCUCAAAUAUGACAGCCAAAAGAGCUUUGCUAAGGCUCGUAACCUUUCCGUCUAUGUGGAGUUCCGCUGCUCAGACGAAGAAGUUGCCAAACCUUUAAAGUGUAUCUACGGCAAGCCAGGAGGUCCAGUCCUCACCACAGCAGCCUGUUCUACAGUCCUACAUCACUCCCAGAACCCCGACUUCUACGAUGAGGUGAAGAUUGAGCUUCCUACUCAACUUCAUGAAAAGCACCACCUUCUCUUCUCCUUUUACCACGUCACCUGCGACAUUAAUGCUAAGACGAAUGCUAAGAGGAAAGAAACCCUGGAGACCCCCGUGGGGUACUCUUGGCUGCCCCUCCUCAAAGAAGGCCGCCUGUCUUCCCAGGAGUUCAGCGUCCCUGUCUCCUGUAACCUGCAGCCUGGAUACCUGGCCAUCAAGGAAGCCAGCAACACCAAGAAUGGAGCUGAUGUAAAAUGGGUCGAUGGGGGAAAAACUAUUUUCAAAGUGUCAACCAAUGUCGUCUCCACAGUAUACACCCAGGACCCCCACCUGAACCGAUUCUUCCAGCAGUGCCAGAAAAGAGAGCUGGACCUCUCACUACCUCCUACCUCCAACUUCCUCAACUGCCUGAAGGGUCUUCUCAGUAUGGAGAGAAUCCCAGUGAUCAUCCGAUAUCUGCCUGUGCUAUUCAACCAGCUUUUCAAGGUUUUGACACAGAAUGACAACGAUGAUGUCACUACUGCCACCACCAGAGUGCUGGUUCACAUUGUUGCAAAGUGCCAUGAAGAAAACCUGGAUCACUACCUGCACUCCUAUAUCAAGUAUGUGUUUAAGUCAGAGGCCCACGGCUUCAGGACGGUUCACGAGGAGCUGGCUAAGGGGAUGACCUUUGACCUGAAGAGCAAUGAGCAGGCAGCAGUCAGGAACGUCCUGAAGUUCUCGUGGUUCUUCUUUGAGCUGAUUGUGAAGUCCAUGGCCCAAAAUCUGGACGAUUCUGACAAGGUCAAGCUUCCGAGGCCCCAGCGUUUCCCCUCAUCCUACCUGAGCCGCGUGGAGACCCUGGUGGAGACGGUGUCUGAACACAUCUUCUGGAAAAACAAAGAUCUAGCAGAAGAGACACGUAGCGCAAACUUGGCCGUAGCAGCUUUUGUCAAGCGUUGCUUUACUCUCAUGGACCGAGGCUUCACAUUCAAACUCAUAAGCAACUAUAUAAACAUGAUCACUGCCACUGACAGCAAGGUGUUGUGUGAGCGGAAAUUUGAAUUCUUGAGAGACGUGUGUAACCACGAACACUACAUUCCUCUGAGCCUGCCGCUACCCUCCGCUCGCAUCGCAGACCAUUCAUCCCCAGAGCCACAAAGUACUCAUGUGUCAGUGCCCGAGUACAACCUGACCGGAGAGUUCUGCAGGAAGCACUUCCUGACUGGCCUGUUGCUACGGGAACUGGGGCUGGCCCUCCAGGACGAGCAAGACCUGAGACACCUUGCGUUAGCCACCUUGAAGACUCUCAUGGCCAAACACUCUCUGGAUGCACGCUAUGCCACCAAGGAAAAGCAGGCAAGAAUUGCAUCUCUGUACCUGCCUCUGUAUGGCCUGAUCCUGGACAACAUGCCUCGAUUCUUCCUCAGGGACCUCUUCCCCAUCUACUUCACUUCAAGUGACCAAGGCUCUCGAGACGACCUCAGUGUAGGAGGGGCAGUGGCGGGAGGGGUGAUUCCCGUUACUCGCCAUGGCAACUCUGUGGAUGCAUCCUUUUCUAAAGAAGUUCUAAACUCCAUCACAGUUGCCACGGGUAACCAGACCGACUCUCGGGGUUCUCUGAUCAGCGUGGACUCCAACCCUAGCAACAGCGACAGGAACAGUGAGAAAAUGGACGGAUGUGAGAAGUUUGCACGGCCGCAGUCCCUCAUAGGCUACGGUUCUCGUUGUGACAAGCUGGACCAGGCAGAGACCCGCAGUCUGCUCAUGUGCUUUUUGCACAUCAUGAAAACCAUAUCUGAGGAUGUGCUGGUGUCCUACUGGCACAGGGCCAUUCACCAGGAGAUCUCCGACUUCUUUAACAUCCUGGAGCUGUGUCUUCAGCACUUCAGGUUCCUGGGAAAACGUCACAUCGCCAGGAAGCUAGCAGCGGCAGUAAAGCUGGCCCAGUCCACCCACGCCAAUGGCACCCUGAAGGGCUCUAACCACCCCUCCCAGUCCUCUCAUCCCUCAAGUCUCUUCCCACAAUGGAUGGCGUCAGGAGGGGAAGGUCACCGGCAUGCCCGCUCCCAAACCAUGCCCAUCAUCAGGGGCAAGAAUGCUCUCAACAACCCUAAGCUGCUGCAUAUGAUGGAGACAGAUGGGAACAUUCAGGAUGGGGACACCCUGAGUCCUACAGAUAUUGAGGCAAACAUGUCCACCGAGGUGGCCCUCACUGUGCUGGAUGUACUGGAGCUCUUUGUCCAUCAUCACAAGAAGCAGCUGUUGCUGGAUGAUGGACAAAAUGUACUGAUGAAGAAGGUGCUGGACACCUACUUGCUCUUCUUUCAGAUCAACCAAUCAACGGCCACUCUACGGCAUAUCUUCGCUGGACUCAGGCUCUUUGUACAAAAGUUCCCCAGUGCAUUCUUCCAGGGUAAGGCAGACCUGUGUGGCUGUCUGUGCUACGAGAUCCUCAAGUGCUGUAACCAUCGCUCCAGCUCCACCCAGACGGAGGCCGCUGCCCUGCUGUAUUUUUUCAUGAGAAAAAACUUUGAGUUUACAAAGGGCAAGUCUAUAGUCCGCUCACAUCUGCAGGUCAUCAAGGCAGUGAGCCAGUUGAUAGCAGAUGCUGGCAUUGGAGGCUCCAGAUUUCAGCAGUCUCUGGCUAUCAUCAAUAACUUUGCCAACGGAGAUGCACCACUCAAGAACACUCCAUUCCCUGCUGAGGUGAAGGACCUGACCAAACGGAUCAGGACGGUUCUGAUGGCCACAGCCCAAAUGAAGGAGCAUGAGAAGGAUCCGGAGAUGCUGGUGGAUCUCCAGUACAGUCUGGCUAACUCCUACGCCAGCACGCCCGAGCUUCGAUGCACCUGGCUGGAGAGCAUGGCUAAAGUUCACGUCCGCAACGGCGAUCUCUCAGAGGCUGCCAUGUGCUACAUCCACAUCUCAGCCCUUAUUGCUGAAUCCCUGAAGAGAAGAGGCUACUGGAGAGCUGACAAGGCCAGGAUGUCCAGUGUGUCCCCUGAAGAAAGCCCUGUCUAUAACUGUAGCUCCUUACUAACUACCUCCCGAGAUCAAGACACGUCGUUCUCCAUGGGCUGGGCAGCGUUCAUGUGCAUCAGCCCCAAUGUCAAGGAGGAGGGGGCCAUGAAGGAAGACACUGGGACACAAGACACACCAUAUACAGAGGACACUCUGGUGGAGCAGCUGGAGCUGUGUGUGGACUACCUGUGGAAAUCAGAGAGAUACGAGCUCAUCGCUGACAUCAACAAACCUGUGAUUGCUGUCUUUGAAAAGAGAAGGGAUUUUAAGAGGCUGUCAGAGCUGUACUACGACAUCCAUCGCUCCUACCUGAAGGUGACUGAGGUGGUGAACUCAGAAAAGCGACUCUUCGGUCGCUACUACCGUGUAGCUUUCUACGGACAGGGUUUCUUUGAGGAAGAGGAGAGCAAAGAGUUUAUCUACAAAGAGCCGAAGCUGACAGGGCUGUCGGAAAUCUCGCAGAGACUCCUCAAACUCUACUCGGACAAGUUUGGAGCUGACAAUGUCAAGAUGAUACAGGACUCCAAUAAGGUAAAUCCUAAAGACAUCGACCCCAAGUUUGCCUACAUUCAGGUGACGUACGUGGUGCCCUUCUUUGAUGAGAAAGAACAACAGGACAAAAGGACAGACUUUGAGAGACAUCACAACAUCAACCGCUUUGUGUUUGAGACGCCGUUCACUCUGUUAGGGAAGAAACAUGGAGACGUAGAGGAGCAGUGCAAGAGACGCACCAUACUGACCACGAGUUCCAGUUUCCCCUACCUGAAGAAGCGUAUCCAGGUGGUGGAGCAGCAGAGCACAGAAAUGAACCCGAUUGAGGUGGCCAUCGAUGAGAUGUCACGAAAAGUAUCUGAGCUCAACCAGCUGUGCAACAUGGAGGAGGUGGACAUGAUCCGGCUGCAGCUGAAACUGCAGGGCAGCGUCAGCGUCAAGGUGAAUGCAGGGCCCAUGGCCUACGCCAGGGCGUUUUUAGAGGAGAAGAAUGCCAAGAAAUACCCAGACAACCAGGUCAAACUGCUCAAGGAGAUCUUCAGGCAGUUUGCAGAAGCCUGCGGUCAGGCACUGAAUGUGAAUGAGCGCCUGAUCAAGGAGGACCAGCUGGAGUACCAGGAGGAGAUGAGAGCUCACUACCGGGACAUGCUGACUGAGCUGUCUGGCAUCAUGAAUGAACAGCUACACAAAAGUGUUCAUGCUGCCAGUACCUCCUCUCUCUCUAACAGCUCUCUGUCCACUCUUUCUAAGACUGAUUCCUCACACAAGACAACCAGGAACGGAACGGCACAGCGCCUACUGAAUGGCCAAUAGACUCUCAAAAAAUCCAUUGUGCCAGUUUGAGCUUCAUAAGUGGCUUAUUUUCUUUUUUCUGACUGUAGUUGUUUCCUGCUGUAACAAGCGGCAGGCUAGUGGAACUGUGCCUGAUGGUGAGUUCAGAGAAAAUAAGGAAAGAAGUGUGUAGACUGUGGUCGUGAUAGUAGUCCUGUGGUUGAACGUUGACUAUCGUCGGUAGAGGCCAGGCUGCUGGACUGUUAGCUACUGUUUGUUUUGAAGACUCGAUCCCCCGCCCUGCCAACUGAUUCAUCAGCUUACAUACUGACAAACACACUCACAAACAAGUACACAAAGUGCAUAUGUUCACACAAACAACAUGCGCCUUCUCUCCACAACCCCGUCCCUUUAGAGAACAGUGACCUUACUGAGCUUGAGGUGCGUUCAGCUUUAUGUAACAUAUACUUCUCCGGUGCAUUUUGAUGACAGUUUUUGGAUUUUUUCCUGUGGAUAUCAUUGUACUUUACACUAUCUUAAGAGAUAUUGUAAGAUUACUGAUGUGAACAAAAGAAUAUUUGAUUACAGGUUUUCUAACUAACGAAGCAUCUGAAGAGUUGAACGCACCUCCAGUUCCUGUAUGAAUGUAGAGCAGCUCCACAUUGCUACUUUGUAUCCUUGCUAAUGUUCUGGAUAUAUCACCUUCCCGAUUUUCAAACGGAAACAAAACAAAUUAUGUUUUGUAACAUUUUUAUGAUUCCAAUUGCAUUGUUACUGUUAUUAUUUCCUGUACUGUUUUGAAUUGUAAAUAAGAAAUAUUAAUAUUUAAAACGUU